GAAUCGUUUUUAAAAACAAACACGACAAAAAUUUAAAAAAUUUCAUCAUUUUUUGUCUUUUAUCGUAAGAAAUUUCAAAUAAAAAGCAUUUAAAGUAAAAAAUGGGACCAAAAACUGUUGAACUUCGACCAGAUCGCUCAAAGUUACGCACCAAUUUCGAGGGUUACAAGCUCAAUUUGGAAAGCAUACCGGUCCUCCGGUACGAAUUACAACACACUCCCUUGCGAAUCAGCACCACCGAUCGUCAAUUUUCCUUCUUGCAUGCCCAACUUUUCGCUUUUCACAAUCAUCUCUUCAAAGAUCCGUGGCACCUGAAUACGUGUUACUUCCUCGACAGCUCAUGGACCGUGCAAAAAAUCUUCUACGACGACGAAACGGGAAAAGUUAAGCCCGUAAAUGCGGUUUUAAAGCUGCAAAAACCCAAAAUUGUCGUCGAAGAUCGAUAUCCCGCUUGUUUGGUCUUUGUUUCGGAAAAAUUUGGUUUAUUCAGCGACGGAUGCGGCUCUUUGGCGAUUAUUGAAACUGGAGACCGGGAAAAAAGUUGCGAAUUUAAAGUGCGGCAAAUGUUGAAGCCUCUUGAUAAUGUCGAAGGAUUUGUCAUUUCCAAUGCGCGAUUUGACGUUUUAGACGGGGUUUGGAAAAUUUCUUGCAUUUUAACGUUCAUUCGUCAAAAUAAGGAGCAUUUCGAGACUAUCGCACAUUGGAUGGUCCUUAAUUUGACGGAAAAUGUCUGGAAAGUGGAAAAUUCAAAAGUUUUAAGGUCACGUGGUGCCUUCAGUUACUGCGCUUUGGAGCAUCGGGCGGGAGCUUUGGUCGUCGCGAGCGAUUAUCCGGUGGAUUUUGAGUCAAAAAUCCUCGAACGUGAAAAAAAUCGACAAAAACCUUCAGAAAAACCCACGGAAAAUGGCAACGAAUCGAAAGAAGACACGGAAAUGAUGGAAAAAGACAUUCACAAGUACACGUGGACCCAAACUGAGGAAGAUGUGACGAUCGUAUUCGAUGAACAGCCCGAAGCGACAAAGGCAGAUUACGUUGUUCAAGUCACGCGAGACCAAAUUUCGAUAAAAUGCAAGGGAAAUGUCAUGUUACAAGGUCAAUUAUUUGAAAAAAUUGAUCCUGACACAACCACGUGGUCUAUUAACAAUCGAAAUUUGGAGGUUAUUUUAAAUAAAGCUGAUUCUGUAGCUUUAAAAUGGCCAUUUUUGGUCCCUGGAAGCCCCGCGGACUCGUGUGAAGCUAAUUCUGACCCGAAUCCCGUCGUGCAAUUCGCAAAUCAGAUGGAAGAAUGCGAUUUGGACAUCAACGAAAUCGAUAAGGAGAAUUAUUUGAGCCGAUUAUCGUGGAAUACCGAAGAAAUUACGCAUAAAGUGUACUUGGGAUCGCAUGGCCCGCUAUUUGACGUCAACCUAAGACCCGGAUUACCGAAUGCCGUGGCGUUAAAACAUGACGUCGAUGCUUGUGUUUGGCUCCAAAUGCAUAAUAACACAAAAACCACGGAAUGGACGAUGUCCCAUGAAGCCACCAUCGAUGCCUUUAGUUACGUUUUAGCCUCGAAACAGCAGAAAAAGUUCGUUGGAUGCGCCCCGAACGCGAAUUACGUCGUAAUUGCCGAACCCGAACGACACGUUUUCAUCUAUAAACAAACUUAUGACGGGAGCAACUUGCGAAAUCGCACAACAGGCGCCUCCGUGAACAUCGGACAACAAAAACUCGUGACGUUGGAAAAUACGGGCGAAGUUAUCGGCAUGUCUGUGGAGAAUGAUGUCACGUUGCUAUUGACAACUCAGUUCAUUUUGUGCAUUCAAUUGAAAAUUGAAGAGUAAAAUUUUUGCAUUACCAACUAUUCUAAAAAUUAUUUUUUUUUGUUAAAUCACAAUUUUUUGUUAAGCGGUGGUUCAUUUAGAACAAUUUAGCGACUUCCUUGCAAGCAGAUUUGAUGUCGGGAUAUUU